AUGUUUGGUUCAUGUGUUGUUUGGGUUUCUCUCCAGGCAGACAAAUUGUUGAAAGCACUGAAGCAACACUUUCAUGGAACAAAAGCAGAAUAUGAAAAUAUGGACUCUGAAAGUGCAUCUGCUUCCAUUGAAUCGGAUGAAAGGAGCAAUCAGGAGGAAAUUAUGCCGGAUUCAGUGUGUUUUAUUACAAAACGACGUGGUAAUGAAAAGAAAAUAACCAGAAAAAAGAGGAAUUCCAAUGAGGAAACUAAUACCAGUGAAGAAAAUACAGGGUUUCCUGCUGGGAAAGAGGAGCAUUCUGAAAUGAAAGAAAAUGAAGUGCCUCAGGGUGAGCCUGAAAAGGGACAGAAGGUAUUCCAAAAGGAGGAACAAGUAACUAAGAAGAGAGCUUUUGAGAAUCCAGGGAUGGGUACUGGUCAGAAAGAGCAACCAGAGAAGACUUCUACUAAAAGUAGUGGAGAUGAAUGUGAUGCUUGUCAUGCAGGAGGGAAGAUCCCUUUAUAUGUAGGCCGUGCAUCUAGGUCUGGGAAAACAGGAAUGAAAGCUACUACACCAAACUUUAAAAAGUUGCAUGAGGCUCACUUCAAGAAAAUGGAAUCUAUUGCUGACUACAUUGAGAGGAAAAAAAAAAUGAUUGAAAACUGCAGCAGUUCUCUCAACGAAGUCAAGAAACAAACCAUUGGCAAAACAUUUUUAUUCAGCCCAAAUCCAGAAAGAGGCAGAUUCUCCGCCACCUGCACUCCCAGUAACAUCCGGCGCUCACCACGCAGUUCUCUGAAUGCUGCCAAUAGGAGUAUUUUAUCUAGGAAAUCUUCGUUUAAUCCCUCUGUCCUUUCAACAACCAAAAUGAAUGUCAGGUUCUCUGAAGCCACAAAAGAUAAUGAGCAUAAACGCUCUCUUACCAAGACUCCAUCCAGAAUGUCUCCAUACUUGGAGGAGCUCUGCACACCUGAUAGCCAGAAGAGCUGCAAACUAAUAAGUCGGAGAAACAGCAAGGGAAAUGCAAAAACUAAUGAUCUGACUGCAUCAAAAGUUGUCACUCCCUUCAAGUUUGCAGCUCACUCUGCAGAACCCACAAGCACAAAGAAGACAUUUGACCUCAAAGCAAGUCUCUCAAGGCCGCUUCGGUAUCAGCCACAUAAAGGACGACUAAAACCUUGGGGAGAAUUUAAAGAAAAUACUGUCCUAAAUAAGUCUGUCGGUAGCAACAUCUCUUCACAUAAGAAAGAUUACAAACAGCCACAUCUCCAGACAAGGGAAGAAAGGCGUGAGAAACAUGAGCAAGAGAGAAAAAAGAAAAAGGCUCAGGCUCUCGGAAAACGUAGAGGACUAUCUGUGGGUGAGGAGGAAUAA